AGGAUAUAGUAACUCAAACAAUCACUCUUUACACCCGUGGUGAGCAGAAAAGCAUCUCAGAACAUGCAGACAGACAGAAAGUAAGACAGACAAAGACAGACAGAAAGACAGACAGAGAGGCAGAGACAGAAAGAAAGAUAGAAAAAAAGACAGACAGAAAGACAGAUGGACAGAGAGACAGAGACAGAAAGAAAGACUGACAGAAAGAAAGAUAGAAAGAAAGACAGACAGACAGACAGACAGACAGACAGACGGACGGACAGAAAGAAAGACGGACAGAAGGAAAGAUAGAACAAAAGACAGACAGACAGAAAGUAAGACAGAGAGGCAGAAAGAAAGACUGACAGAAAGAAAGAUAGAAAAAAAGACAGACAGAAAGAAAGAAAGACAGAAAGACAGAUGGACAGAGGGACAGAGACAGAAAGAAAGACUGACAGAAAGAAAGAUAGAAAGAAAGACAGACAGAAAGACAGACAGACAGACGGACAGAAAGAAAGAUAGAACAAAAGACAGAGACAGAAAGUAAGACAGAGAGGCAGAGACAGAAAGAAAGACUGACAGAAAGAAAGAUGGACAGAAAGAAAGACGGAUAGACAGACAGACAGACAGACAGACAGACGGACAGAGAGACAGAAAAACAGAAAGAAUCGGUUCCAAAGACUACUGGAGCUGAUCUGGGUUUCUUGCCUUUAAUGUCAGCCAUCUGUCUAAAACAAAUCUUCUAUUCUCUUUGGCAGGAACAAAGAAGCCAUGGAAUUCCAAAUCGCAAGGAAAAAUCAAAGCCUCACCACGGCAGAGGAGAUGAGAAACCAAACUAAGAUUAUAAUGCAGCCCUACAUCAGCUGGGAGGAGUACCUAACUCCUGCACCACUCUCCAUUGCCAUCAUGGCAGAACUGGCCUGUUUAUCUUCCAAAACAGAUUUCUCCAUCAACAAAAACCCACCCAAGGAUGGCUACAAGUACAUCAGAUACCCAGAUUCAUUUCGUGCCUGCCUCAUGCAAGUGUGUAACUCUGGCUGGUGGGCGUUCAAUGAGGCCCACAACAACAUGGAUCAGAUCAGACUCCACACAAUCACCGUUCCAAAUUACAUGAAGAAUGCUGUAAAGAUUCUGUUCCAAGGCAGCAGUGAGGUCGUUCAAGCUCAUCUCCCUGACCAGCUAGAGAACAUCCGUACCAUUGCAGACCACUGCAUCGAGCUGGCCAAUGCAACAGAAAUGCGGUUUGCUGAAGUCAUCAAUAUUAUCCAAGAACUGCUGGAAGUGUGUCUACAAGCCAGGAAUCUUUACGGAGGGGAGUUGGAUGCGAUCAUGAAGACACUAGAUGAGAGUAAAUUGAGAGAGGAGUCAUCCAAAGAAGCUGUUACACGCUCUCAGACGGCAGUCAAAGCUCUGGAAGAAGAAAUGAAGGAAGCACAUAAAAGUUACAACAAAGCAAUGAAUAGGGAAAUGAUGGCUAUGGAUUUUUUUGGAGUGGUGACCGACGGCCUAACGGGUAUAUUUCAAGGACUCUCGGCUCUGGUGACUCGCCCGGUAAGCCGAACGUGUAAAGCUACGACGGAAAUUGCUGACACAAUUAGCCACAUUAAAGGUGGUGAAGACUUGGCUGCUGAUCCUGUGGAUGAAAUUAACAUCUAUAGCAAGUCAGCAGAAAUACUGAAAUGCACAGAGAUUAUUGAGCAGUUUGUGCAGGAGGACAAGAUCGACUGGGAAGUCUUGUACGAUCAAAAAAACAAUGCUACAAUAACAGAUUUCCCAGCAAUGCAGUUCAAACGAAUUAUGAGCAAUUUGGAAAAAAUCCCAAAAUGCCAAUCGAAGGCUUAUGCCCAAAAUAUAUGCGGAGAGGGCAUUAAGAUCUGUAAAGAACUAGCAGAAUACGCACCGAAUGGGAAAUGUGAAGAAGCCAAGACUGAGGCGUUGAUCGGGAGAAUCCGAGAAUUGACCCAGUCGGCUGGCCGAUUUGACAGCAAAAGCAAAGACCUGACAAAGUCUCCUUCCCUGACUCCCAAACCACCAAUGAUGUUCAAGGAAGAAAGUAAAAUGGAGAGGACGAGCGCUUCGCAAAGGGCAUCGAAGAACGCCAGGUUCCGCAUAGAACAGAGCCGUGCUCAGAUUAACAAGACCAGAGAGCUCUAUGACAAGAAUGUAGAGAACAUGGAGAAGAACCAAAAGGAGCUGACUGACAUCCUGGUCACCAUGAGAAACUGUCAAGUCAAAGAGAUCGACUUCAACACCACCAUAGAAAUGCUGGUCAAAGGUCUGGAUGCCAUGGGAAAAGUGAAGAAACAGUGGGAGAAGAUGGUGCACUUUUUUCAAAUGGUGUCCAACAUUGUAAAAACCAGCCUGAACAGAACUCUCAAAGAUUUCGCCACCGCCUCCGAGAAGACACACUCACUUUCUUACAACGAGAAGCUUUUCCUCAAAGACCUGCUCUACAAUCAAGUCUUUCAGGCCACCAACAUCGCCAACCUGGUCCACAUGAUCUCAAGCACCUACACCGAGGUGUCCGGACAAUACCUCAUGGACAGCGUCAGCUCUCUGGGAAUGCUUUUGUCCAUGGAUGUGGAAAGUCCAGAGUUUCUGCACAAGCGUAUACAGAUGUGGGACUCCUGUGACAUGGCUCAGAAAGGCAUCUUAUGCCUUGUGCUCAAGAAUAAGAAUGAGUUUGAAAGGGAGACCAAUUCAAGACUGGAGAAUGUCAGUAAAGAGUUGCUUGCCAUUCUCCCCUCCGCCAAACCUGAAGAGAUACGGUCUAUUCAAGAAGCCGUCAAAAGCGGAUUCACAGAGGAAGAAGAAUCCGAAUAUGCCUGAGACAAAGAACUUUUCCCACUCGUCCACUAGUAUGGCGAUUAUAAUGCGGUCUAUUGUACUCGGAACUUGUAAAAACCCGACGUCCGACAGCGAACCACGCGACGAAACGGUCCUUCGAAUCAGAAUUCCA